AUUAAUAAAAGGAAAAAAGAGAAGGAAGAAGCGAAGCAGGUUCAAUAUCAAAUGUGGAGGAAAUUAUCAGUAGGGUUUGCUGCACUGACGCAGCAGCAGCUAUGUUGGCGCCACUCCACGGCCACGGCCACUGCUGUGAACUCGAUGCUCCUCCGCUCCCUGAAAGAGCACUAUCUGGAAGUGUCCAAAAUGACCCCUCCCCCUAAAGUGAACCCUCCAUCGCCUUUCACCGUCGUCAAGGGCGCCCUCGACGGCACCGGCCCCGUCCUCAGGCGCAGCUACGGCGACGAAGAAAUCAGCAUAGCCGUGAUGCGAUUGGCCAAUAUUAUUCCCGACGCCGACGCCGACGCCGACGACAUCAACCAGUUGUUCAUACACGUGGACGUUUCGAAGCCCAGCGAGAAGGAGUCUCUGCUUUUCCUCUGCGCCCUGUAUCCGGACGCCUUAGGCAUUCACUCUGUCUCUAUGAGGCGCAUGGCUGAACCCUCUGCGCUUCGUUCCUCUGCUCUUCGUUAUAACGGCCCUCGUUUUGAAGAUCUUGAUGAAGGGAUGAGGGAUGCAUUCCACAGCUACAUAGAAGAGCGGGGUGUGGGUGAUAGUCUUUUUCCAUUUCUUCAAGCUUGGCUUUAUGUAAAAGACCAUCGUAAUCUCAUGCGCUGGUUUAAAUCAGUAGGAUCAUUCGUUAAUGAAACCAAGUCAGUUUAAGAUUCUUAGCUUCAGGUCAUCUAGAAAAGGGAAAAAAAAACAUGUAUUUAGCAGUUCCAAUGCUAAGUUUUUCCCUCAACACUAAUUUGUCCUAGUAAGAUUUGUUUAGAAGUUCUGUGGUGUUUGGCUCUUUUUGAGUUAUUUGUGUUACAUUUGAUAUGGUAGUGCAGAGUCCUAUCCAAUAUACCCCUCUUUG